CUGCCCUGCCUUCCUCCUCCUCCGUCCACCGUCGUAUCUAGUUUGAUUCAGGUUUUAGCACAAAGGAGAGGGAAACCAUAAUGAACAAGAGGAAUAACUGGAAGCUUGUUCCCGUUAAUAAAAAGACGCAAAAGAAGAUGAAGCCGCGUACUUUAGGGACGAAUCUUUCUCUGUUUAAGAGAGAUAUUGAUGAACUCAUAGACGAGUUUGUAGAGGGUGAUUUGACAACGUUUGAUGACAUGAAGAGGGUGUGGCUAUCUCGAAAGUUCUCUUACAUAUAUGAAGCCUUUCCUAACACCAACUUAGCCUUUCUCAUACAGUCACUAUAUGCUCAUACCAUUGGUCACAUGGUUAGUAACGAUUCUUUUUCACGGAGACUUGGAGGCCUUUACUGUCUCUAUUGCCUUCACGAGAUCCAACCUUUUAAACCCAAGUUCCGGAUAUAUAUCUCACUUCAAGAGCUUGGGAGAUUUAGGGAUCUUAUAGUUGAGGCAAAAGACAAAGGGGUAGAGAUAGCUACUGCUGUGGGGAAACAAAUGCUUGAUAAAAACGUGUUUAUUUUUGGAGCUGUGGACUUUGAUGAAGCGUCUACAACCGAGAAACUUCAUCAAUCAAUAGAACUACAGAACACACUUGUGCGGUGUGCUUACAGAAAAUUAUCCUCUGAGACCGAGAUUGAGAAGUUCAUUCAUCUGGAUAUGGGUAAUGAAGUUGAUUUGAGCUCCAUACAUAAACAGUCUAUAGAGUAUGCAGAAGCCAAGAAGCGCGCAAUGAACAGUGGAGGAGAGAUAGUGGAGAUCGGGGAUAUAAAGCACAUAGCGGAAGAGAAAGAGUUGAUGGGAGACAAGGUUGAGAAACUGAAAGAGGAAUGGGAUUCGCAAAAACUUUCAUUUUAUGAAAAAACCAAGUUUGAUGGUCUUGAUACGACACAGAGACUUCUAAAAGAUGUUGAACAUGAUGAUGAUGAUGAUGGAGAUGAUGGGUUUGGUGAGCUUGACCGCUUACUUUCCGAGAGCUGAUUUGCUCAUUGCACUCACCAGUCAAGUUUUUAUGGAUGUCAGCUAAUUAAAAAAGCUCUCUAUAGAGUAUAGACAUGGCAUUUACAGCAGGUCAUGUCAGACUCAGGAGCUACAUGGGGAUCAUAUGUUUUUCUUACUAAGUGAAAAGACAUGGGAACGUACUAAGUGAAAUAUCUUUUGUCAUGUUCUCGAUUACAACAUGUAUUUUGUUAUAUAGUUUCCCUAUGAUCUAAAGAUCUGGUUUUCUGUGUUCUCGAGUUGAGUAACAUAAUAUCACAAUAGCUGUUUAUUUUGGUAAAUAUCUUUUUUGUUUAAUUGUACAUGGCCCUAUCUUUU